AUGCUUUAUUUAGUAUUAAUAUUAUCCUUCUCAUCUAUCUAUCAUAUCAACGCCGCCCCUCCUUUUGGGCAAUUAUCUGUGAAAGGCAACAAGUUAUUGGGCAGUAAUGGCCAACCAGCUCAACUUGCUGGAAUGUCACUCUUCUGGUCUAACUGUGAUGAAGGCAAAAUUUUCUACAACGAAGAAACUUUGCGUCAACUCAAAUGCGCGUGGAAUGCUAACGCUGUCAGAGCGGCAAUGGGUGUAGAAUCUACUGGGUGUCAAAAACCGGGUUAUCUGGAUCUUCCAAAUGUUGAGCGUGAUAAGGUUGAGGCUGUUGUUCAGGCUGCUAUUAAAUUGGAUAUGUAUGCUGUUGUUGACUAUCACACUGAGAAAGCGCAGGACUCUUUAGAUAAAGCUAAAGAAUUCUUCACUUAUUUUGCUUCUAAAUAUGGAAAUUACUCAAACAUCAUCUAUGAACCAUUCAAUGAACCUACAUGUGACUGGAAAACUGCUAAGGCAUAUCACGAGCAGAUUGUAGCAACAAUUCGACAAUAUGAUAAGAAUAAUAUGAUAACUCUUGGCACAUCUACAUGGUCACAAGAUGUUGAUAUUGCUUCUAGAGACCCUGUAAAUGGGGCAAAUCUGUGCUACACUUUGCACGUCUAUGCAGCUACUCAUAAACAAAAUAUACGGGAUAAAGCUCAAACUGCUCUAGAUAAUAAUGUUUGCAUUUUUGUAUCCGAAUAUGGUACUGUUGGAGCAACUGGUGGUGGAGGUAUGGAUACUGCAUCUAUGAAUGAGUGGUGGACUUUCUGGGAUAAAAACAAAAUUUCAUAUCUAAACUGGGCAAUUAGUAAUAAGGGAGAAGGAUCUGCAGCUCUUAAUCCAAAUACUGUUGCAUCGGAUGUAGGCAAUCCUGAUCAUUGGUCAGCAGAUGGAAAAUUUGUUCAGUCUCAUCUUAAAAACAUGGAUAACGGGGUCAGCUGUGAUGGAAACAAAGGAAAAUAUCCUUCAGGAGAUAAUGUAAUCACAACAACAAAAUCGCCCUCGAAAAAUAUAUACCCUUCGGGAGAUGAUGUACCAUCAACUAAAUCACCUAACAACAUUAACUACCCUUCAGGAAAUAAUAUAAUUUUAACAACAAAAUCGCCUUCAAAUGGAAAUAACAACAACGGAAAAAGUCCUUCAGCACCCUCAAAUAAUAACAGCAAUGGGAAAUAUCCUUCAGGAGACCAAGUAAUUACAACAAAAUCGCCCAAGAAUAACAACAAUGGAAAAUAUCCUUCAGCACCCUCAAAUAAUAACAGCAAUGGGAAAUAUCCUUCAGGAGACCAAGUAAUUACAACAAAAUCGCCCAAGAAUAACAACAAUGGAAAAUAUCCUUCAGCACCCUCAAAUAAUAACAGCAAUGGGAAAUAUCCUUCAGGAGACCAAGUAAUUACAACAAAAUCGCCCAAGAAUAACAAAGGAAAAAAUACCUCAGCACCCUCAAAUAAUAACAACAAUGGAAAGUAUCCUUCAGGAGAUAAUGUAGUAUUGACGACAAACUCACCUUCAAAGGACAACAACGGAGGAGGAUACCCUACAGCACCUUCAAAGGUCAACAACAACGGAGGAGGAUUCCCUUCAGGAGAUAAUAUAAUCAUAACAACAAAAUCACCUUCAAACAAUAACAAAUAUCCUUCAGGCCCCUCAAAUAAUAACAAUAAAUACCCUUCAGGAGUUGAUGUAACUACAACACAAUCACCUUCAAACGAUAACAAUGGAAACUCAAGUAAUGGCAGUGAGGGUCAAAAUUCCAUUAGCUUAACAGUUGAAGAUAAUGGCAGCUGGGUUAGCGGUGCGAACUUCAGACUGGUCUUCAAAAACAAUGGAAAUGUUAAAGCAUGCGCAUUAAAAUUCGACUUGAUUCUUAAUUCUGGGCAAACUAUCCAAUCAAUAUGGAAUGUGCAAAAAAUAUCAGGAGAUACUUAUGUUCUUCCAGACUAUGUAAUAAUUCAAGGAGGUAACAGCUUUACCGAGGCUGGACUUGUUGUCAGUGGUCCAGCAACACUUCCUCAAAUUAAAGUUCUAGGGCAGGGUGAAUGCAAAUAUUGA